AUGCAUGAGAUGAAAAAAGAGAAAGAUGAGCAACAGUCUGGAUGGCCUGAGAACAAGGAAAUUAUUGUAGCCAUCAUAUUGAAACCAAGAAAUAUCUUAUUAAGUUGGGCUAUCGCGCCAGAAGAGCGAGAUUGGAAAUACAGACUAUCAAUCUAUUACGCAAAGCCACAAGAUUCUGGAACUUUCACCUGCGCGACGCCGAGGGGAAUAACUAACAGCGUAACACUACAUGUAGCAGCCAUCCACUGCGAACCAAUCUCUGUCUCUGGCAUGCACCUAAGUGUGAGAGUUGAAGGGACUAGGCUGGGACACAUGGCCAUUUUCCAGUGUCCUAUAGGAUUCUAUGUCUCAGGUGAAGCCAACCUUACAUGCCAAGCUUCAGGUAAAUAUUUUUCAUUACGUGUGUUUCUUCUCACUGUGGAUACUUCGCUAAGCAAAUGCUGGGCAGAAGAAAUGUCAUAA